GUUGUUUCUUCUAUAUAAGAGGAGGUUAAUUACCAGUACGAGUAUCACCAAGCCUACGGCUAGCUAAUUCCUUACAGCAUGCUCAAGUUGCAGGAGAAGAUGACCCUUCUCCUUCCCUCCGUUCCUUCCCCACAGCCACAAGCAAAUCACCUCAUGUCGAUAUUAAUAGCACUGAUGGCCCUUGAGCUCCUCGUGGCAACAGUCGCCGCUGCCCCGUUAGCCUUGCCUGGCUGCCCGGAGGCCUGUGGCAGCGUUACCGUCCCCUACCCUUUUGGCUUCCGGCAAGGCUGCUUUCACAAGGGCUUCAACCUCACCUGCAACGAGACGGGCCAUCAGCCGAAGCUGUUCCUGCGCGACGACGUGGAAGUGGACGCCAUCUCACUGGUGGGCGGCACGGUACGUGUCCAGAGCAAGAUCGUGAACGGCGAGUGGGACUACAGGAACGUGCCAUACCAAGCGCUUAAACCAAACAGGAGCGUUGGGUCUGGGAAGCCCUAUAUUGGCUACGACGGCUCGUGGUCUGGCGGCCUAACGGUGUCGACCGAGCAUAACGUCUUCGUGGCCAUCGGAUGCAACUUCAUCGGCUACCUCGCUGCAGGCAGUGACCGGGGUUCCGUGUACGUCAGCGCAUGCGCCGCUCUGUGUGACACAGAUUAUCCGCCACCCGGGGACACCUCGUGCUCAGGCGUCGGCUGCUGCCGGACGACCAUCUCGCAGGGUUUGCCCGCGUAUGGGGUGCAGCUCAAGGAUUUGAACCAGACUGAAGCCGCGUACGCCGGCAAAGGCAGACCCGUUAGUUCACGCCUUUUGUCCGGGGCCGCGUUCAUAGUCGAUCGCGAGUGGUUCACCGGGAUUAACGUAGGCGCCAUGCAGAAUAGCACUUUCGGUGAUUUCGGAAGCUCGUAUCGAUCUCGUCGGAGCAGUCCCAAGGUGACCAGGGUACCCACCGUGCUGGAAUGGUGGCUGGAUGUGAAAAGCGACCGUGACUUGGUCGUGUUGGAUCCCCAUUCUGUAUCAGGUUGGAGAUGCAUGAGCUUGAACAGCUUCGCUGCCAACAUCAACGGUGCAGUGAACAAAGUAAGGUGCAACUGCUCGGAUGGAUACGAAGGCAACCCUUACAUCAUUCACGGAUGCCAAGAUAUCGAUGAGUGCCAAUGGCCAGUUUAUCCAUGCGUGCAUGGGACCUGCAUUAAUAUGCCGGGGACAUACCGAUGUGCAACAAAGAAACGUAUCAUCAGCCUCCCAGGUUUAAUUACCGCAAUUGCAGUAACUGCUGGUUUUGGGUUACUGUUUUCACUUAUGGAUGCUACCAAAAUCACUAAUAAACUCAAGCAACGAAGAGCCAAAAAGUUGAGACAAAAAUUCUUCAAGAAAAAUCAUGGAUUGCUUCUACAACAGUUAAUCUCUUCAAACAACGAUAUAGCCGAAAGAACAAGGAUUUUUAGCUUGGAAGAACUGGAGCAAGCGACCAACAAAUUUGACCAUAAUCGCAUCCUUGGUGGCGGUGGCCAUGGCACGGUGUACAAAGGCAUCUUAUCUGAUCAAUGUAUUGUGGCCAUCAAGAAGGCCAAAAUUAUUGUACAAAGGGAAAUCGACCAGUUCAUCAACGAGGUGGUCAUACUUUCACAGACAAACCAUAGGAAUGUGGUGAAGCUUUUUGGUUGUUGCCUUGAGACAGAAGUUCCUCUACUUGUUUACGAAUUCAUAUCAAAUGGAGCUCUUUCAUUUCAUCUCCAUGGCCAAAGUGAGAACCCAUUAUCAUGGAAAGAUAGGUUGAGGAUUGCACUGGAAACUGCAAGGGCCAUUGCAUAUCUACACUCUGCUGCUUCAAUAUCAGUAUACCACAGAGAUAUCAAAUGUGCAAAUAUACUACUUACCGAUACCUUAACAUCAAAAGUAUCAGAUUUUGGAGCUUCAAGGUCUAUUGCAAUAGAUGAGACAGGAAUACUUACAGCUGUCCAAGGAACCUAUGGUUACCUUGAUCCUGAAUACUACUACACUAGUCGACUCACGGAGAAAAGCGAUGUUUACAGCUUUGGUGUCAUCCUAGCAGAGCUACUGACAAGGGUGACACCAGUUUUUUCUUCUCAUUCAUCAGAAGGGACAAGCCUAGCAUCACAUUUUGUAUCACAUAUAAGAGACAGUCGAUUCUCAGAUAUUCUAGAUGCACAAAUUGUUGAGGAGGGAGGGGCUGAAGAUGCUGAGGUGGUUGCAAGACUCGCAGAAGCAUGCUUAAGUUUAAAAGGUUAAGAAAGGCCUACAAUGAGACAAGUGGAGACAGUACUUGAAGAUGUUCAGAACUCAAGAGUCAAUCUUAGUUCUCAUAUCACAAGAGUGAACCGAAAUGCUAUAAAUGAUCAGCCAUACAAGGAAAGUAAAGGCGGAGAAGAAACUAGACUGUACAGCUUGGAAAAAGAGUUCAUAGAGUCGUCUGAAAUUCCAAGAUGAUUUUACUUGCAUGGUGAAGUGUUACAUUUGCUUUUAUUAGAUUGGGUGCCAAUUUGGAACUCUGAAUUAUAACAUCUAUUUAUCGGUAA